GCAGUUUGGCCAUCUGGUUGUCAGAUGUUAGAAGCAAUAGGACAGAACAUACUCACCGUGGUUAUAUAUUCGUUUUGGGUGCAGUGAUUAACAUAGAACUUUGGUUUCUGUAACUUGCCUGUGUCGAUAGAGUUAAGCUGGAUCUUUGCUUUGAAAGAUAAAUAAAGCACAGCCUCUCAACUGGACGUAAAUGGAUCUAAAGACAGCAGUAUUUAACGCAGCUCGGGAUGGCAAACUCCGGCUUCUCACCAAGUUGUUGGCAAGCAAAUCCAAAGAGGAGGUUUCCUCCUUGAUCUCUGAAAAAACGAAUGGGGCCACACCGCUCUUGAUGGCAGCCAGGUAUGGGCACCUUGACAUGGUGGAAUUCCUCCUCGACCAGUGCAGUGCCUCCAUAGAAGUCGGGGGUUCGGUGAAUUUUGAUGGCGAAACAAUUGAGGGAGCUCCCCCUUUAUGGGCGGCUUCUGCAGCAGGACAUCUGAAGGUUGUCCAGUCUUUGUUAAAUCAUGGAGCAUCUGUCAACAACACGACUUUAACCAAUUCAACUCCUCUUCGAGCUGCCUGUUUUGAUGGCCACCUGGAAAUAGUGAAGUACCUCGUAGAACACAAAGCUGAUUUGGAAGUCUCAAACCGACAUGGGCAUACGUGCUUGAUGAUUUCAUGUUACAAAGGACAUAAAGAGAUUGCUCAGUAUUUACUUGAAAAGGGGGCAGAUGUUAAUAGAAAAAGUGUUAAAGGUAAUACUGCUUUGCAUGAUUGCGCAGAAUCUGGAAGUCUGGACAUCAUGAAGAUGCUUCUUAUGUAUUGUGCCAAGAUGGAAAAGGAUGGCUAUGGAAUGACUCCCCUUCUUUCAGCAAGCGUGACGGGUCACACAAAUAUUGUGGAUUUUCUGACACACCACGCACAAACCAGCAAGACAGAACGUAUCAAUGCUCUAGAGCUUCUGGGAGCUACAUUUGUGGACAAAAAAAGAGAUCUACUUGGGGCUUUGAAAUACUGGAAAAAAGCAAUGAACAUGAGGUACAGUGAUAGGACUAAUAUAAUUAGCAAACCAGUACCACAGACAUUAAUAAUGGCCUAUGAUUAUGCCAAGGAGGUAAACAAUGCAGAAGAACUAGAAGGUCUUAUUGCUGAUCCUGAUGAGAUGAGAAUGCAAGCGCUGUUAAUUAGAGAGCGUAUUCUUGGUCCUUCUCAUCCUGAUACUUCUUACUAUAUUAGAUAUAGAGGUGCUGUCUAUGCAGACUCUGGAAAUUUCAAAAGAUGCAUCAAUCUAUGGAAAUAUGCUUUGGAUAUGCAGCAGAAUAAUUUGGACCCUCUAAGCCCAAUGACUGCCAGCAGCUUGUUAUCUUUUGCCGAACUGUUCUCGUUUAUGCUACAGGAUAGGGCUAAAGGCCUGCUGGGCACUACUAUUACAUUUGAUGAUCUUAUGGGCAUACUGUGCAAAAGUGUCCUUGAAAUAGAGCGAGCUAUCAAACAAACUCAGUGUCCAGCUGACCCAUUACAAUUAAAUAAAGCUCUGUCCAUCAUUUUGCACUUAAUUUGCUUGCUAGAAAAAGUUCCCUGUACUCUAGAACAGGACCAUUUCAAAAAGCAGACUAUAUACAAGUUUCUUAAGCUCCAUCCAAGGGGAAAGAAUAACUUUAGCCCUCUUCACCUGGCUGUGGACAAGAAUACUACAUGUGUAGGGUGAUACCCUGUUUACAAAUUUCCAUCUCUGCAAGUUACGGCGAUACUAAUAGAAUGUGGUGCUGAUGUGAAUGUCAGAGACUCCGAUGACAACAGUCCCCUACAUAUCGCUGCUCUGAACAACCAUCCCGACAUCAUGAAUCUCCUUAUUAAAUCAGGUGCACAUUUUGAUGCCACAAACUUGCACAAACAAACGGCUAGUGACUUGCUGGAUGAGAAGGAAAUAGCUAAAAAUUUGAUCCAGCCCAUAAAUCAUAUCACAUUGCAGUGUCUUGCUGCUCAUGUCAUAGUGAAUCAUAGAAUAUAUUAUAAAGGGCAUAUCCCAGAAAAGCUAGAGGCUUUUGUUUCACUUCAUAGAUGAUAAUUUGACUGUAUUUUAGCUCUGCUAAAGCACGACUUGGUAACAGUUGUUUCAUAAAUGAGCACUGUUGUGACAACACCAGCAUUCAUUUAGCUUGAUAUCAUCGUGUUCUCAUUGGCUAAAGCAUUAUAAGCAUCAAAUUUACAGGAUUGGUUUCCCAGUAUUUAAUAUCAAUAUGCCGUAUAAUAUACUGUUUGUGAAUUACUGCAAAAUUUAAUGUCAUAUUCAGAUCUCUAAAAUUGUCUGCCAAAGGCUUAUCCAUUCUGGUUUUGUUUGCUGUUGGGUGUUUGAGAUUGAGUUAACUCUUUUUCAGUGGUAUCUUUAUAUCUACUGGUUAAUGAAUUUUAUACAAUUGGAGGUCUUUUUUUCCUGCUUUUUUGCCCCUCCAAGCUUCUCCCGUUUUCACUUUGUUUUUGAUUAACGGUUUUUACUAUCUUUUUUUUU